AUUCCAAACAGAAAAACUCCCAACUCCAAUGGAACAGAGCAACUCCUUCAAAAACCCUCAGACUCCAUGGAGCUCCGACCGUCUCGGACUCGGCGCCACCGAUCGGAGGCUCGCCUUUUCCCGCCAAGCCUCCAUCAACCUCAACGACUCGUCGUCCGCCACCACGCCUUUCCUGUCCCGCAGCGUCUCCAGCAUCGACGUCCCGCCCGGCGCGUACUCCGAUGGAAACGACAAGCUCUUCGGCCAGGGAAGAGUUUCCGCCGAGAAAUUGACCUUUCUGAUUGUAUUCGAAUCGGUUUUUCGGAUCCUCAGGUCCGGAAAUCGGUAUAUGAAGCGAUUGUUUCUCUUGAUUUCGCUCAACGUGGCGUAUUCCACUGCCGAGUUGUGUAUUGGACUCUUCACCGGACGUGUAGGUUUGGUGUCAGAUGCAUUUCAUUUGACUUUCGGGUGUGGGCUGUUGACCUUUUCGCUGUUUGCGAUGGCGGCUUCUCGAAAGAAGCCUGAUGGAAUCUACACUUACGGGUACAAGAGGCUUGAAGUUUUGUCAGCUUUUACCAAUGCUCUGUUUCUUUUGUUUAUGUCCUUCUCCUUGGCUGUAGAAGCACUUCACGCAUUCAUACAGGAUGAAUCUGAACACAAGCAUUACUUGAUUGUUUCGGCAGUGACAAAUCUACUGGUGAAUCUUAUUGGUGUUUGGUUCUUCAGAAAUUAUGCUCGUAUCAAUCUUGUUUACAGGAAUGCCGAGGAUAUGAACAACCACUCAGUUUGUCUGCACGUUCUCGCAGAUUCCAUACGCAGUGCAGGGUUGAUACUGGCAUCCUGGUUUCUGUCUCUUGGGGUUCAGAAUGCAGAAGUUUUGUGUUUUGGACUAGUUGCAGUUGUAGUCUUUAUGCUUGUAAUGCCACUCUUUAGAGCAACUGGAGGUAUUCUGCUCCAAAUGGCACCACCAAAUGUUCCAACUUCAGCAUUGAGCAAAUGCUGGCGACAGAUUGCUGCCCGCGAAGAUGUUUCUGAAGUUUCUCAGGCUCGAUUUUGGGAGGUAGUUCCUGGUCAUGUUGUUGGCUCACUCUCGUUACAGGUCAAGAAAGGGAUAGAUGAUCGCCCUGUUCUUCAAUUGGUGCAUGGCUUGUACCACGAUUUGGGAAUACAGGAUUUGGCAGUGCAAGCUGAUCAUGUCUGAGAUUUUUUGUCUCUGGCUUAUGCAUUGAUUUGUUGUUAAAGCUGAUAUCAAACUGGAAUCACAGUUAUAGAUUUGUUUUUUUUUCUUGGUAAGGCCUCAGAUAUAGAUUGUUCUCACGUUGUUUUAGAUCAUGGCAUCACCUGUACAAGAUAAACCAAAUAUCCUGUUAUAGAGGAAUUUGAUCGGAUCCAUGUCAUUGUAAUAUGGUGCAAUCAAAUUCAUUCUCCUUCAUUGUAGCAUUGUUUAGGCCGAAGAAAAGUAUCUUCUUCAAUGUAG